CAGCUGGACUCCAUAUUUAUGCUGCUGGAGGACAACAUCAUCACUUUUGUGAAGAACGAGCUGAAGAAGAUCCAGAAGGUUCUGAGUCCAGAUUACCCAGAAUGCUUAGAGAGUCAGAGGAGCAGCAGCAGAGAGGCAUUUAUGAAGAUCACAGUGGACUUCCUGAGGAGAAUGAAGCAGGAGGAGCUGGCUGACCGUCUGCAGAGCAAACUUCCAGCUGCAGUUUGUCAUCGUAACCUUAAAUCUGCACUAAAGAAGAAGUUCCAGCGUGUGUUUGAGGGCAUCGCUAAAGCAGGAAACCCAACCCUUCUGAAUCAGAUCUACACAGAGCUCUACAUCACAGAGGGAGGGACUGCAGAGGUCAAUGAUGAACAUGAGGUCAGACAGAUUGAAACAGCAUCCAGGAAACCAGACAGACCAGAAACAACAAUCAGACAAGAAGACAUCUUUAAAGCCUCACCUGGAAGAGAUGAACCAAUCAGAACAGUGCUGACAAAGGGAGUGGCUGGCAUUGGGAAAACAGUCUUAACACAGAAAUACACCCUGGACUGGGCUGAAGACAAAGCCAACCAGGACAUCCAGUUCAUAUUUCCAUUCACUUUCAGAGAGCUGAAUGUGCUGAAAGAGGAAAAGUUCAGCUUGGUGGAGCUUGUUCAUCACUUCUUUACUGAAACCAAAGAAGCAGGAAUCUGCAGCUUUGAAGACUUCCAGGUUGUGUUCAUCUUUGAUGGUCUGGAUGAGUGUCGACUUCCUCUGGACUUCCACAAAACUACAAUCCUAACUGACCCUAGAAAGUCCACCUCAGUGGAUGUGCUGCUGAUAAACCUCAUCAGGGGGAAACUGCUUCCCUCUGCUCGCCUCUGGAUAACCACACGACCUGCAGCAGCCAAUCAGAUCCCUCCUGACUGUGUUGGCAUGGUGACAGAGGUCAGAGGGUUCACUGACCCACAGAAGGAGGAGUACUUCAGGAAGAGAUUCAGAGAUGAGGAGCAGGCCAGCAGGAUCAUCUCCCACAUCAAGACAUCACGAAGCCUCCACAUCAUGUGCCACAUCCCAGUCUUCUGCUGGAUCUCUGCUACAGUCCUGGAGGAUGUGCUGGAAACCAGAGAGGGAGGACAGCUGCCCGAGACCCUGACUGAGAUACUGAAUCACUGUGACCUGUCAGAGAGAAGCUGUGAAGCUCUGGCCUCAGGUCUCAGCUCUCAGUCCUCUAAUCUGAGACAGCUGGACCUGAGUAACAUUAACCUGAAGGAUUCAGGCGUGAAGCUUCUGUCUGAAGGACUGAAGAGUCCACACUGUACACUGGAAACUCUCAGGCCCCUCGGACCCUCCAGCGGGAACAGAAGGCUGGACGGGCCCCUCGGACCCUCCAGCGGAGGCAGAAGGCUGGACGGGCCGCUCAGACCCUCCAGCGGAGGCAGGUUCUCGCUUGGGGUGCGAGAGGUCCCGGGUUCAAAUCCCGGACGAGCCCCCUCUUGUUACGUUCCCCCGAGGGGUCUAGGCGGUGAGGGGAAAAUCAUGAUGCCAUCCUGGACUCCCCCUGCGUUGUCGAUGGAGCUUGGCACGCUCCCCUCAUCCUUCAGGUGCCCGUCUGUUGUCCACAAUCUCCUCUGUUGGCCUCUGGAAAGCCCCCUUGGCACAGCUCUCAUCCUUCACAGCUUCGUGGUCCUUGCUGUGGAUCCAAAGUCUGAUCUCAUGAUGGGCCCCCAACAGCUCGACCUUUGA